AGCCGGCAGCUGCGGACCCCCACCCGCCGCCGCCGCGUCCCCGUCCAUCGCCAAGGGAGGGGGGGUCCGCGCCAAGCCUCCUGCCGGCUCCUGUCCCCGGCUGGCGCUGCCCAGGUCUCGCCCCCGGCGCCUCCGCUGCCCUGCGCUCAGUGCGGCGCAGCCUCUCGCCUGGCACCUGGGAGCUGCUGCUUCCCUGCCCGGGUCCCACCGCUCCGGAGGGGCCGGACCCGGACGUGGCCCGGCCAUUCCCUGCCUUGGCACCGGUGCCCAAAGCACGAGACGCGAGCGAUCCCCCCCUCCGCCCUGCGAGACAAGUCCCGGCACCUCCCGCUCCAGCCAGGGGGCCGGCAACCGCCGCCCGCCUUGCUCCGCUGCCCGCGGGCAGAGCCGGCCAGUGCUGCUGAGGAGCUCCAGGCCUGGCCCGGGCCCUCCGUGCGCCAGGCGCUGUACGAACCCAGAACCAGAAACCGGUCCCUGGCCCAAACAGCUCCCAAGCGAAGCACCGAGACCCCCGCUCCACCAUGUCGGCCCUGCUGAAGAGCCUAGUGGGUGCGUCGGAGAAGUCAGCCCGCAUCGCCCAGCUGUGCCGCCAGGAGGAGGCGCUCUUCCAGCUGCUCAUUGAGGAGAAGACGGGCACCGACAAGAACAAGAAGUUUGUGCAGGAUUUCAAGACGCUGGCGGACGUGCUCAUCCAGGAGGUCAUAAAGCACGACGUGGGCAAGGAGUUCCCAGAGCUGCACGGCCACAUCUGCGGGGAGGAGUCCAACAAGUUUGAGAACAGCCUGGGAGAGACCCUGGUGGUGCAGGUGUGCACGACCCAGCGGGACACGGCCUCGCUGCUCUUCAAAAUCCUGGACCGGAACCAGCCGGCGGCUGAGCUGCUGGCAGCGGCCAUCCACCAGGAGGUGGCGCUGCAGGACCCGGCGCUGGACACCGUGGCGCUGGCAAUCCCCCCGGAGAGACUGGCCAUCUGGAUCGACCCCAUCGAUUCCACCAAUCAGUAUAUCCGUGGCCAGGCCAGCGUGGCGCCCAUUGGUGGCAUCUGCCCAUCCGGGCUGCGCUCGGCACUGGUGCUCAUCGGGGCAUAUGACCGCAGCUCGGGGGACCCGGUCCUGGGGGUCAUCAACGAGCCGUUCUUCCGGGAGGACCCCCUCACCCACAGGUGGCAGGGCGUGUAUCACUGGGGCAUCUCGUACCAGGGCACCAGCCUGUGCUCGCUGAGCCGGCCCCCGCUGCGCCCCGAGCCCUCCGUCGUCCUGAGCCGCAGCGAGACGCCGGCCAUCCAGCGGGUGCUGAGGCCCCUGUAUGGGGAGCGGCUGCUCUUCGCCUCGGGCGCCGGCUACAAGAUGCUGUGCGUGAUCCUGGGGCUGGCCGAGGCCUACGUCCUCUCGGAGGGCAGCACCUUCAAGUGGGACUCGUGCGCCCCCCAUGCCAUCCUGCGGGCCCUGGGCGGAGGGAUGGUGGACCUGGAGGCUGCCCUGCAGGCCUGGCGCGCCGGCCAGCGGGGGGCGCUGCCAGAGCUGACCUACAGCCAGCCUGCGGGGGGCGCUGUGGGGGCUGAGCGCUGGGCCAACCGGGGCGGCCUGGUGGCCUUCAUGCACCGUGAACACCUGGAGGUGGUGCUGGCCACGCUGGCCACUGCUGCCCUGUGACCCUCAGGGGGCUGCCUCGGGGGAGGGGCAGCCUGGCUCCGCCUCUGCUGCAGCAGGGGACGGGGCCAGCCCCCGCCCGGCUUGGUCUGUGGGGGUGGGGGCAGUUGGGCACCAAGGGCGCGAAGGGGCGGGGGCGGCAGCACCAUUCGGAGGAGGGGCAGGGGGCUGCAGGCAGCCCCUGCUUCCCUGCCAGGUGCCGCAGACCUGGGCGUCUGACGCCACCCCCACCCCCUGGAGCCUUCCAGCCUCACCCCCUCUGCUAGGGCUGCCCGUGCUGAGCUCGCCCCUUUGUGCCAGCCUCCGCCGGGCCCCCAUUAAACCAUGCCUUUCUUUU